UCUAGGGCAAUGUGACACUGGGUAGGGAUGUACUAUUGUCGUUCCUGAUAUGGGUUAAUGAAGCGUCGACCGUGCACUUCCAUGGUGAAGCAUUCAGUCACUAACAUGGGGUGUGGACACUCCAAAGACCAUCCGAAAAAUGUGGAUCUUGUCAAGCUAAGAAAGAAGUAUGACACGGAACCUAUCAAGAAAGCCAAACUCCUCAAUAUAUGGACCAUCGGUGGAAAUAGUCAAAAGACUUUGGCAUUGGCUAAAUUGAUAUCAGAAAAACUGGAAUUUCUUCUGGUCACUGAGGAUUCUCUCUUACAGACGGAGAUGGACGCCGAGUCGGAAAGGGGAAAGAUCAUCAAGGAAGUUGUGGAAGACAAAAGCAACAUCUGUCCCAGUGUAAUCCUUGAUCUGGUCGCUGAAUUUGUGUUGGAAAAUUUAGAAGGGGUGAAAGGGAUCGUUUUCCAUGGGAUACCGAGAGACAGAGAACAAGCCUGGCAACUUCAAAGACUAAUCGGCCCAGUCAGUUUGGUCGUGUUUUGUGAGCUGACAGGUGAAGAGUUGAUGACGGCACUGGCUGAAGAAGGCGACGAACCGUCUGUCGUCAAGACGAAAGUCGACAAUUUUCAAAAAUGCGUCCUUCAAUUUGCCAAGCACAAAACAAUUAUGAAGGUGGACGGAACAUCAGAGCCGGAAAAUGUAAUAGAAGAGAUCGUCGAAAAAGUCCAUAGCAUUGCAAAAUGAAGAUUACUGUAUCAUCA